AACUCGGUCAAACCGACAAUGCGGAUAUGAGCUGAUUAUGUUGAAACUUAGUGACACUGAGGCUGGUUUCCAAGGGAGGGGGUCCCCCGUUGGGUUGUCACUUAGCGGCUAGCCUGCAGCUGCUUGGGGGUUAAAGGGAUUUGAACGCUCACCCGACCCAAAUAAACACUCUCUUGGAAUGGCUGGAUUGUAAAUAACGUUAUACACCAUAAGUCUUCGUUUACUUAAAGCUUUAGAGGAGUUUGUUUUCGCUUCAUGUUAAGUUGGGCAUGCUAACAUUAGCAGGCCGCAGCCAGACCGGCGGUUUUCCUGAUUGUCGAAGGCCCGGCGGAAGCUCACCCCAGACCUGAGGCGCGACCACACUCCUCGUCUCCUUGAAAGUGGAAGAGCAUCGCCCCCUAGUGACUGAAAUCAAACAUGACAGGGGUUUGUGGUUGUUGCGGGGCACUCAGGCCUCGGUACAAGAGACUGGUGGACAACAUCUUCCCAGAAGACCCAGAGGAUGGACUGGUCAAGGCCAACAUGGAGAAGCUGACAUUUUAUGCCCUGUCAGCUCCAGAGAAACUGGACCGUAUCGGGGCUUACCUAUCUGAAAGGCUGUCGAGGGAUGUGGCCCGACAUAGAUAUGGGUAUGUGUGCAUUGCCAUGGAAGCUUUGGACCAGCUGCUGAUGGCCUGCCACUGCCAGAGCAUCAACCUGUUUGUGGAAAGCUUUCUAAAGAUGGUGCGAAAGCUGCUGGAGUCUGACAAACCCAAUCUGCAGAUCCUAGGAACCAACUCUUUUGUGAAAUUUGCCAAUAUAGAAGAGGACACGCCAUCGUACCACCGCAGCUACGACUUCUUUGUGUCACGCUUCAGUGAGAUGUGCCAUUCAAACUAUGAGGACCCUGACAUCCGUACCAAGAUCCGGAUGGCGGGGAUUAAGGGUCUGCAGGGCGUGGUGAGGAAGACCGUCAACGAUGAGUUGCAAGCAAACAUCUGGGACCCCCAACACAUGGAUAAGAUCGUCCCCUCUCUGCUUUUCAACCUGCAGAGCGGAGAGCGCACAGAGAGCCGCUCUCCUUCUCCGCUGCAGGCAUCGGAGAAGGAGAAGGAAAGCCCGGUGGAGCUGACGGAGCGCUGUUUCAGGGAGCUGCUGGGUCGAGCUGCCUACGGCAACAUCAAGAACGCCGUCACGCCCGUCCUGAUGCACUUAGAUAACCACUCUCUAUGGGAGGGAAAGACCUUUGCUGUGCGCUGUUUCAAAAUCAUCAUGUACUCCAUCCAGUCCCAACACUCUCAUUUGGUAAUCCAGCAACUCCUUGGCCACCUGGACGCCAACAGCAAGAACUCAGCCAAAGUGCGGGCUGGCAUUGUAGAAGUGCUGCUGGAGGCAGCUGCCAUUGCAGCCAGCGGCUCCGUAGGCCCUACUGUGUUGGAGGUGUUCAACACCCUGCUGAGGCAGCUUCGUCUGAGCGUGGAUUAUGAGCUGACCGGCUCCUAUGACGGCUCUACCAACAUCGGCACCAAGAUCAUCAAAGCUCACGAAGAGAGGCAGCUGCAGGAGGCCGUCAUCACGACCAUCGGCUCAUUUGCCAACACCUUACCUACAUACCAGAGGUCAGAGGUGAUGCUCUUCAUCAUGGGAAAGAUCCCCGUCCCUGGAGUAAAUCUGACUCUGCCUUCCACUGAAUCUGAGCCUGAGGGUACAAGAAUGAUUCAGGUUAUGCUGCUCAAGUCCUUGGUGCAGGUGACAGCAGGUUUCCAGACCACCAACAUGCUUACAGCACUGCCCAGCUCUUUCCUGGAGCCGCUGCUGUCCUUCUCUCAGACUGAUGACCCGGAGGUCCGACUAUUGGUGCUCCAAAUCCUCCUCAGCCUCAUUGACAGACAUGACAACAGGCCCAAAUUAUCAAAAAUAAGCAUCAUCUCUGACAUCUCUGUGCUGAAGCUCAAGGUUGACAAGUGCUCCAGACAGGACAAUUUAUUCAUGAAAAAGCACGGCCAGCAGCUUUACCGACACAUCUACCUGGGCUGCAAGGAAGAGAGCAGCGGCCAGCAGCACUAUGAGACCCUCUACACUCUGCUGGGUCUUCUCAGCGUGGAGUUGGCGAACGAAGAGGUGGUGGUGGACCUCAUCCGGCUGGCUCUCGCCUUGCAGGACUUGGCUCUGUCCACGGAUGAAGGUCUGCCUGUUUAUAACCGCUGUGCUGUUCACGCCCUCUCUGCUGCCUACCUUAACCUUAUCUGCCAGCUCACCACCGUCCCAGCCUUCUGCCAACACAUACACGAAGUAAUCGAAGUGAGGCAGAAAGAAGGUCCUUAUCUUCUGCCUGAGGAUGUCUUUAUUGAGAAUCCCAAGCUGCCGUCUUCGCUGCAGAAGGUUGAAGGUGGCGUUUUGUUCCUCCAGUCGAAGAUCACAGAGGUCCUUGGAGGAAGUGGUUACAACACAGAGAGACUGGCUACACCCUACAUCCCGCAGUACACCGAUGAAGAUCGGCUGUCCAAAAGAAAGAGCAUCGGGGAGACCAUCUCUCUUCAGGUGGAGGUUGAGUCUCGAAACAGUCCAGAGAAGGAGGAGAGGACGCCAGCUGAGGAGAUCACAUUUGAGACGCUGAAAAAUGCCAUUGUGGACAGUGUUGGUAUGGAGGAACAGGAGAGGGAGCGGAGGAGACAGGUUGUGGAAAAGUUUCAAAAGGCACCAUUUGAGGAAAUCGCUGCACACUGUGGCGCCAGGGCCACGAUGCUGCAGAGCAAACUGAAUCAGAUAUUCGAGAUCACUAUCAGACCCCCUCCCAGCCCAUCUGGAACCAUUUCCUCAGGGUACGGCCAAAGCCAGAGUCGAUCCGUCCCCAUUUAUGAGAUGAAGUUUCCAGACCUCUGUGUGUAUUAGAGAUUUAACAAAACAAAUGAACCUUUUCUUUGGAUCAGGGAAGAGCAACCGAUCUUUACUGUAAGCUGAUCUCAGACAUGAAGUCAGAUGUUAGAGUGUAACAAAAAAAGACACUUUCUGAUUAAUUUAGCUGUGUGAAAUGUUAUUUAACCCUUUGAUUGCAACCAGAACAAGCUGGCAAAAGUAAUCAAAACAGAACAAAAAGCCCUUGAUUUGACUUUUAUUGUAGAAACUUUACAGAUUGCCAAGAACUGUGUGACAGAAAAGCUGUGUGUGUCUCCUAGAUCUGGGGAUGUGAACGGCACUGCGAUCCCUUGAAGCUCCUUUUCUGUUCUUUGUUUUUCCCCAGCAGGGUGCCAUACAUUACAAAUUUCGAUCACCAUCUUAUUUUCGUUUUUCUGUCUUAUUUAUUCAGACCUGAAGACCAGAUCGUGUAUUUACCAUUUUUUUUUUUUAUAUACGUGAAUAACUCGUAGUUUUUUCAUUUUUUGCCAGAAGUGCUUUUUUUCUGAUGGGCAUUUAUUUCCUUAUUUUUUUUUACACUAUUUAUUUUGAUUUUAAUCGUUUUUAACUUGAAAGAAAGGACUGCUAAACAAAACCUGUGCCACACAUGACCAGGCAAACUCCUAAAAUGCAAUGUUUGCCACAUUGGAAAACACAAGACUAAAAAUAAUUUUAUUUCUUCCCAUAUAGAUGUAAAUAUAUAUAUAGAAAGAGAAAUAUAUAAGUCUUUAAGCUGAUGUAAAAAGCAGGGAUGUUUUCUGUGUUUAUUUAGUUUUUAAAUGUCGCUGCACUGGUUGUGUCCUUUAAGGGAGAAAUCUAAACCAACCAGCAACACAUGAAAUCCCGACGAACAGUCCAUAACAGAAGCUGAAACUUGUUCCAGCAGCUUCAUUUCAACCCGUGUUGUUACCGCUGCAUCCUCCAUUCUGCAGGAUUGGUUUACCUGCACUGCUUUCAUCGUGUCGAGAUUUAAAAGCCAUUUAGUGUGCAUGAGUGCACAUGCACACACAGGUUUAAAAACAAGGUAUAAUGGCAAUAAUUUGGCAUGAGCCUGGCGAACAUGGUCCAACUGUUGGUAGCAGAUUCUUCUGAAGCGUGCCUCUUGUCAUGGUGCUGUGGCGGCUCAUUGUUCGAUGUUAAAGGAAUGCAUUCCCUCUCCCGCGCUUCUUUGACUGAGUUGCAUCUGUCUUGUUUAAUAUAGAUGGAGUCUUAUUUGUAUUUGUUUGCUUUUUUUAAUAGUCUAAUGUGUCGAUUUACCUGAUUGUAUGUACAAAUGACCCUUUUUUUAAAUGGUGUGAGUGGGAGUAUUUGUUCAUGUGUCUAUGUAAACACAGAUGUGUCUUUAUCGUUGUUACCGAAGACCAAAACCCUUCAGACACAGUUUACAGUCUUUUCCAGUGACUGACUCCUCCUGGUUCAUGAAGAUCGACCCGUCGUUGCAGCAGCACCCAGCUGUCUGAACCCUUCUGUGGCACAGUGUGAAACUCAGAAUCGGAUCUGUAAAUCCGUCUGCUUUGCUGUCAUUGCAUCGUGUAAUGUGAAACUAACUUGCAGCAAUCCUGACUUUUAGUUUUUCUUCAUUACAUGUCUGGUUAAUAGAUCCAUUUACAAUGUAGUGCUGUAGUACUGAGCUAUUCAUUCUGUGGACUUUGCACUUUAAAACUGGAUUACCUAGUGACAAAGGCAGCUUUUACAUGGAGAAAAUGCCUUACAUGUGUCAUACCAGACUUUGCAUGCUAGUGACGUUGCUGUUACACAAUAAAUGUAUC